UUUAAUCCAGCUUUUACUGGAUCAUCAUCGUUAGAGACUUUAACAACAGCAAUAGUAGGUGAGACAUCUAAUGAAACAACUACACCAUUAUCUAUUCUUGAUGAACCAGUAUACACAGAUGACUAUGUUAAUAAAAUUUAUAUCGGUCUGGCUGUCGUGAAUAUUAUUAUUGCUGCUCUCUAUGUCUGGACAUGGCGUGACCGAUCAUGGUUUGAUGUUGUUUUGAUUCCAGAAUAUUUAAAUCAUAUUCAAGCUUGUCUUUAUCUCUGGUCAGCAUUAUGGUAUUCGAAACAGGAUACUCUUGGUGGUUAUUAUACAAUGGCCGUACAUCGUAUCGAACUAAGUGCAUCAUGUGUUGAAUUAUGUACUGCAGUUGGAUGGAUGCUUACUUGGUAUAUAGCAUAUACACGUACAUUAGGACGAGGUUUUACUCUUGAUGAUCCCGAUACAAUUGCUUAUAUGACAACAACAUCGAACACAUUAAUAUAUUUUGUAUAUAAUAUACAGAUCAAUCUUCGUCCAGAAGAGUAUGGUUCAAAUAUGUUAUAUGCUUAUGCAGAUGUUCUUGGUUUUAUUGGAUCUGUUUAUUAUAUAUUUGGUACUUUACGUGAUGAUAACUGGUUUUGGUUUUUACCGGUGGCUGGACAAUAUGGUGUUGCAGUAGGUAGAAUUGAAGUAGUAACAAAACAAUUACCAAAAUAUGGAUUGCCACCUAUAGUUCUUACGGAUAUAUGUAAACGUAGAAGAAAGAACAAUGCGUCAUCAGACAGUAGUACAACUCCUGAUUCUGAAUUAACAAAUUUUUAA